CUCAGCUGAUAUAAACUCCUCAAUGUGGCCGGUAUUGAUGUUUAGUUCGUUAAAAAUACCUGUGUUAAAUAAAGCAGUGAAAUUUUGUCAGUUUUUAAAUACACCGGGUAUUAAAAUCUACAACAUUCCUGUAUUAAGAAAAGGAGUUAAGCAGUUAGCAACAAGCUUUCAUUCAAGCAUGACACCAAAAAAGGUUUGUAUUGUUGGAUCUGGAAACUGGGGUUCAGCUAUUGCUCGUCUUGUUGGUUACAAUGCUGCUCGUCUUCCAGAUAGAUUCAACCCUACAGUCAACAUGUGGGUCUUUGAGGAGAAGGUUAAUGGAAGAAACUUAACUGAGAUAAUCAACACAGAUCAUGAGAAUGUGAAGUAUCUGCCUGGACGGAAACUGCCUGAAAAUGUCGUAGCUGUCCCUGAUAUAUCUGAUGCUGCUCUUGAUGCUGAUCUUCUUAUUUUUGUUCUUCCUCAUCAGUUCAUAAAACGGUCCUGUGCCCCCCUAUGUGGUAAACUCAAACCAGAUGCUAAAGGAAUAUCAUUAGUCAAGGGGUUUGCUACUCCUCCUGGUGGUGGAGUCAAGCUUAUCAGUGAAGUAAUUCAGUCAGAGCUCAACCUUCCCAUAUCCGUCCUAAUGGGAGCCAACCUGGCCAACGAGGUCGCAGAUGAGAAGUUUUGUGAAACUACUAUAGGAGCUACAGAACCAGGGGUAGGAGAGGAUUUUAAACUUCUCUUUCAGACUUCUAACUUCAGAGUGACUGUUGUGUCUGAUGCCUCUACAGUGGAGAUCUGUGGAGCAUUAAAGAAUAUAGUUGCUUGUGCUGCAGGAUACUGUGAUGGAUUACAGAUGGGAGAUAAUACUAAAGCAGCUGCUAUCAGGUUAGGAUUAAAGGAGAUGAUCUGGUAUGGAGAAAGAUUCUAUCCCGGUGGUAAACUCUCUACCUACCUGGAGUCCUGUGGUAUAGCUGAUCUAAUAACUACAUGCUAUGGUGGAAGGAACAGGAGGGUUUCAGAGGCGUUUGUGAGAACCCGUAAACCAUUGGUUGAGCUUGAAGCUGAAAUGCUUAAUGGACAAAAACUACAGGGACCUGAGACAGCAGCUGAGGUUAAUAUUCUGCUAACACGUGAAGGUUUAGAGGAUAAGUUUCCUCUCUUUACUAUGGUUCACAGGAUAUGUACUGGAGAACAAACACCGGAGCAACUCAUCAACUGCCUUAGAUCUCACCCAGCCAAUCUGUAGUACUGUACAGUGUACUGUACUGUACACCUAUUAUCAGUUUUGCUUGUACAGUUGUACAAUCAAACACAGCACUGCAAUUUAACAAUCAUACAAUGUGUAUUUAUUUUUAAUAUACAUUAAUCUCGCAAAUUAUACAAACUUUUGAGCACAAAUAACUUGGAAAUACAUAAUAAUUGUUUCAAUAUUUCAGUUUAUAAAUAAAUCCAGUCCAUAUAUA